ACUCGCCUGGAGCGCGCGGGCGAGGCGGGCGCAGCGCACCGGGGCUCUCGUGGGCGCACUGCUGCGCGCUCGCUCCGCGCGGCUCUCCGUGGCCAGCCGCCGCCUGAGCGCAGGGCUCCCGGGCUAAGAGCCGCUGCGGCUUCUGAUCGCGACCCCGCUCCCUGCCACUUGGCACAGCCCGGCCACCUCUUUUUGGCCAUGGCUCUGGCGGACAGCACCCGAGGAUUACCCAACGGGGGCGGAGGCGGAGGUGGCAGCGGCUCGUCGUCGUCCUCAGCGGAGCCGCCGCUCUUCCCGGACAUCGUGGAGCUGAACGUGGGAGGGCAGGUGUAUGUGACCCGGCGCUGUACCGUGGUGUCCGUGCCCGACUCGCUGCUCUGGCGUAUGUUCACGCAGCAGCAGCCGCAGGAGCUGGCCCGGGACAGCAAAGGCCGCUUCUUUCUGGACCGGGAUGGCUUCCUCUUCCGCUACAUCCUGGAUUACCUGCGGGACUUGCAGCUCGUGCUGCCCGACUACUUCCCGGAGCGCAGCCGGCUGCAGCGCGAGGCCGAGUACUUCGAGCUGCCGGAGCUCGUGCGACGCCUCGGGGCGCCCCAGCAGCCCGGUCCGGGGCCACCGCCGCCGCACUCGCGCCGCGGGGUGCACAAGGAGGGCUCACUGGGCGACGAGCUGCUGCCGCUGGGCUACGCGGAGCCGGAGCCGCAGGAGGGCGCCUCGGCCGGGGCGCCGUCGCCCACGCUGGAUCUGGCUAGCCGUAGCCCGUCCGGGGGCGCGGCGGGCCCCCUGCUCACGCCGUCCCAGUCUUUGGACGGCAGCCGGCGCUCGGGCUACAUCACCAUCGGCUACCGCGGCUCCUACACCAUCGGGCGCGACGCUCAGGCGGACGCCAAGUUCCGGAGGGUGGCGCGCAUCACCGUGUGCGGCAAGACGUCGCUGGCCAAGGAGGUGUUUGGGGACACCCUGAAUGAGAGCCGGGACCCCGACCGGCCCCCGGAGCGCUACACCUCGCGCUAUUACCUCAAGUUCAACUUCCUAGAGCAGGCGUUCGAUAAGCUGUCGGAGUCAGGCUUCCACAUGGUGGCGUGCAGCUCCACCGGCACCUGCGCCUUUGCUAGUAGCACCGACCAGAGCGAGGACAAGAUCUGGACCAGCUACACCGAGUACGUCUUCUGCAGGGAGUGAGCUCCCCACGCCCCUCGCCACUCCGGAGCCCACUUCCCUUCCUCCCCGCGGGGGAUAGGAUUAUAGAUACCCUCGCUCCUUCCCUGUCUCCCCAUUCCUUCUGCCCCGCCCCCAGGCCCCCAGUAGCUCGCCCAGACCCGUCUGCUCCCCACUUGAGAAUCUGCAGCCACAAAUCCUCUGGGCUUCUUCGUCUUCUUUGGACCCCACUAACCGAGAGAGUGCCCAGAUGUAGCCCUUCACUCACGCUUCCUCUACUCCGGGCCUCCAAACACCCUUCCCCCCAGAUUGUCGUGAUCUAGUGGGGCAGUGCGGGAGCAGUCGCCAAGUAUCUGGGAAUGACUGAGUUGCUCAGACCCCGACUGCACGGUGUCUGGCGUGCAGUGAGGACAAGUCCUUGAAAUCUUAAACCCUUUGACUCCAUAGCGGUUUUCAGAGAUCAGAACUGAGAGCGCUGUGUGGAGACAGUGUUUUAAAACGUUGUUACGGACUUGAUCCUCAUUAGAAAGAUAAAAGUUUUAGACAACCGAAAGGAAAACCGUAAGUUGGAAUUAAGACCCCAUGGAGGCAGUUCAAAGACUGUAAAUAAAGUGCUUUUUUUGUUUUUUAAAGUUACAGGUAGAAGUAAAUUCUAGUACUGGCAAUAGAUCUCCUGUGGCUUAAAAUUGUAGAAAGCAAUCCUCCUGCCUGCGGAGGCGCCCUUUCUCUUCAGCUACUUGCCUGAGCUCUAGGUUUUGUUGGUUAAGUCAGUACUUCUAGGCUAGGAGCAAGGAGCAGGGGGCAAGGUUGCCUAGGCCCGCGGUGACCAAUUAAUACAGGAAUGGUUAGUAGGGUCAGACAGCCCUUACUUAGGUCUAGGACUGUGGGAGGGUUGGGGAGGGAGGAAAGAGGGGAGGAAGGGCGGGAGGGAGGAGGGGACAUACUCAUUUAUUAUUUGAGAGUUGGACGUUUGUAUGAUCCACUUGAGUACGUGCACAUUUAAAAAAAUAUGAAACAGUACGUGUAAACUUAGAUUUUAUCAAGGUUAGUAAAAGACCUAUCUUCAGCUGGAAGUCUAUCGAGCCAUUUUGAGUCCUAAACUUAGUUGCUAAUACCCGUCUAACCUAACCAAAGAGUUACCUAGUAGAAUUUUAGUGCUUUGAACAUUUAUUUUCUUGUUGGUUGUAUUUCCUCAUUUUUAGCCUAUUUACUUAAGCAAAAAUAAGUUCGAUUUUAGUUACUUAGACUUAAGAUCUCUUACUAUUAUUAUUAUUAGUAGUAGUAGUAUUUUUAAAUUGCUGUUUUCUGCAAGCCCAGCAAGUGUGGACUCCUAGGCAGUUCUGAAAACCGGAACAAGGCUCGCUCGCCCUUUCAUGCGUUUGCUUGACGUUGCAGUGGAAUCUGCUCCUGUCAGAGCUGAAGACAAACGGAAGCGCCCUGGGAGCUGCCCAUCUGUAGAGAGCUGUGAAGUGGGAUGUUCUUUAAAUGAAGGCAAACAAAUACUUCAGUGUGGGCUGAGCAAUAACGCGGUGUUUUAGGUGAACGCAGCAGAAGCAGGAGACCCGGUUGCCUUACGCCUUUAGUCCCACGUGGAAUGAAUUCCCAGCGUGGAUCCUGUGCACACCACAGCCGGAAGGAGGUGAAUCCGUACGCUUCCUGCUGACAGGCAUCUUUUGGAUGAUCUGUGAUUACGGAGAAGCCUUUUUAUGUGUGUGCUUGUUUUACCAUUUCACUCAGAGAUGUGUUUUUAAGGAUAUUUGUAAGAGCCAUUUUAAGUGUUUAAAUUAGCGCCGUGUUUCCUUCUUUCUAAAAAACGAACCUUGUACUGUAUAUGUCAUCGUGUCCAUGGCAGAUGUUAUGAAUUGGGACAGUUUUAUUGUCAGACUCCUGCGGUCCACUCUGUACAUACCAUAUAUAAACAUUUUACACGAAUCCUUUAGUUUUUUAAUUCAUCUACGGAUGCUAUAGAAUUUCCUAUAUUUGCCCCCUGGUAACUUGCAUUUAUUUGAUGGUGUAUAUACAAGAGCAACGUGUUUCGGUGAGUUUCUCACACCCUUGCCUGUGGACUUGGGUCAGGAACUCAUUCACAGCUAAGUGGCUGGGUUUGCUCCACACAUUUUUGCUGGGACGUUAGUUGUAUACUAAUCAUACGUCAGUUAGCUGUCUACCUGUACUCAAGCUAUUCAUAUUUCUAAUCCAAUAAUGUUUGCAUUUUGAUUGGGACAGAUUUACAUUCUUUUGUUACUUUUUUUUUUUAAAGAAAAGUUGGCUUUAUGUGCUGAGUGUGCAGUUUUAAAGAAAGGGAAACAGGGAUCCAGGAGUUGUGAUUACUUCAAGGUUGACCUUAUUUUUAGGCAGUGGAUCAGAACCUUUAUUUCAAACCUGAAGGGACGUAGGACUGUCACUCACUGGUCUAACGUGAGUGUCAGACUUUUCCAUGCCAUGGAACAGUGUUAGAUGGCUUAAGAAAGAAAUGCACUAUUAAAAAACACCUUUAGGACGGAUCAGAAUACAUUGGCAGAUGGCAAGACGGAGGUUCUGAUUCCCCUUGUCAAUCUGUGCAGCGAUAGGGGCCAUGGGAAACGGCUGACAUUUUGAAGUUUUGUCUGCAUUCAAGUCUGAGGGAUUGUAGCUUGGAAAACCAUUCAGUUGUCUCACUAACAGAGACAUCACUGUACCUUCCCCCACACCCUGACUGGUGUGUUAUUUUAAGGAUUGGGAAGUUAGUGUUAGCCACAGUACACGGACCUUUUCCUGGAAGCAACUGUGCCCUCUGUUGUUGGAUCCCAGGCAUGAAAACUUUGUGCUUUUUAGCCCCAAGUUAAGUCUGAAUGGUCAUCUUAUUCUGUGAUAGGUAAGUAUGACUGAGUCGGGGUGAUUUGGCGUGGGCCUUGGGUGGUAGAAGAAACAUCUUUAGGGCUUAUAAAAUGUUCUACAAUAUUUGUCAGCACCCAUGAAUUUGAGUACUGCACCGAAUAGAGUAGAGCUCUCAACAGUAUGUUUGAAAUGACCCAGAAGGAUAUUAUAAACUAUUCAGAUAUUCACAACGGCAAUCUAUCUCAGAGAGGCGAUCAUUUGCAUAUGUUGAUCAAAUUAGCAUCUGAUGCUCAUAAAUAAUGGAAUGACAUUAGGUUUAAUAAGUAAUUUUUAAAGAGAAGUGCUGACAGUCAUUGGGGUUAUAAAGAAAACCAAAAUAGGUACCAGGCCCUGUGCAGUUUAUCAGACAUUCGACAUGUCUGUUUUUUAAUGCUUGUGGACUGCAGUCCACCUCAUUCUAAAUUUUUGAACAUGUAAAGGAAAAUACACUCCCCCCACCUUUUUGAUACUUUUCUUACUCUAGUGGUUUUUUUUUAAUUUUUUUAAUUUUUUUUCAAUUGCUAGCAAGGUGAUAAAACUAGCCAAAUUGUCUUCCUUUUCAAAGCAGAAUCAUAUACGUGUGUGCCUGCUGCUUCUCUGAGGACAUAUAUAAUGUGCAAAUGCCCAGACAGGCAGGGCUUACAACACAGUCCAGUUCGUAUUGUUCUUUCCGUGGAAUGUUGAUACUACAUUAAAGCCAUGUAUCACGGAGCUUUGGUAAUUUUUUUAACUAUUCAUAUUAUGGUAUUCAAGUCGUUUUUGUACUCCUAUAUAUAAAAUAAAUUAUACAGAUAUUUAGAAAAAUACUGAGCGAAGGAAGUGAAUUCCUUAAGCAUUCCUUUUGCAGUCCAAAUUACAAGUUCUAUAAAACUGACAUACUUUAAAUUUGGUAUUUUUUUUAAUUGUAAAACUCUUAGUUAAGUCUCUGCUUGCAAUUUUUAUUGUUUUUUUUUCCCUCACUACUUUUAGUCUUUUAAAAUCUUAAUGUUUUGGGUAACUUAAGUCUCUCAAGUCAUGAAUCGAACCCAGUGUUCUUGUUCCCAGAGCCUACAGUACGUGGAUGAAUUUUUCCACAGUCGGAAGUAGGUUGCUGUAGCUAACUUUUCUUUGUGACAGUUUUGGAUAGUACACAUCUCAAACUAUCAGUACUGGAGGAUUUAGAUUUCCUCCAGGGCCCAUUGAACAGGAUGGAAGAAUCCUAACAGAAGACCUCCGCUGGAGUCAGCUGUUGGAUGGUAGAAGGAUUGACCAGUUGACCAAACAUGCUUGCCACUGCAUUUUGUAAUGUUUUUCCAAACCAGUUUUGUUUAUUUAAAAUGCGUUUUGAGGUGUGCAGACAUCAACUGUAAUGUAAACUGCUAUACAACUGUCUUUGUGACUUGAUAGCCAUGUAAACUUUACUAUUGAAAACAAACGAUGCUCGUUCUUUCAUUACGACCAGUUUAGUAUCCAUUUGAUGACACAGGAUUGAAACAUCCAUCACGGGCAUACAUUUUGAACAUGUAAAUUAAAUUUUCUGGGUAUUUGAAAACUUGCUCUUUGUAGUAAUUAUUUGGAUUCCGACAUGUUGAAAAACGUCACUUGCUAGGUGAUACAUAUCUUUGAGCUCUUUCUUAGAAAUCUAAGGGGACGUGGAAAAAUAUCCUAAUAUCCCACUUUUCUAGUGAAACAUAGACCCAAGAAUAAAAGCCCCUCCAUAUCAGCAAGGAAACAAAAACACAUGGGUGAAAUCUUUUCAGAGGUGCUCACACUUUUGAAAUUGUCUUCAUCCAUCCAAAUGCUGUUCCGUUCCUUCUACUCACAACCAGUUGUGUCAUGGAAACACUCUGCCGGUUUCCCUGCUGUGUGUGAAGAAAUGAAUCAUUGAUUGUGUGACUUGUUAUGUAUUCUAUUAAACACUAAAGAAUAAAACAUUCACUCCUUUAA